AUGUCAGCGCGAUUGGCGCUACUCACCUUGCUCGGUCAUAGAAUACUGUCCUGCGCCUCACUGCGACAUGAUGAGGAAGCUCCAAAGCCAGCUCCUUCACCUGCGCUGCUGCAGCGCGGCCUGGAUGCCGGCAACGAGUCCAGUAGCAUGAGCGGCGUCCUCGCAGACCUUGAGGUCCUGUGCGGAUCGGUGAAGCACUUCGGCGCGAAGAGCUACAAGCUGCACUGCGACCAGCACCUUCAGAAGAUCCGGGAGGUCUUCAAGGUGCCGACGCCGCAGGAGAUCCUCUCGUCCAACAACAUUGAUCUAGACCAAGCCGAGCAAGGUACCGGCAAGAGCGGGGCCAAGAUGCUCUUCAGCAGCGACAAGCAGUACAUCAUCAAGACAAUGUCCUCGCGCGACAUUAAAGCCCUCACGCCUGUGAUCCAUACGUACACCAUGCACAUUCUCAACCAUGCUAGCACUUCGUUGAUGAUGCGCUUCUACGCAUUGAUGGAGGAUGGGUCGGGACAGUUCUGGAUUAUUGCCAACAAUUGGCUUCCCGUCAGUUUCCCGAUUGUCUGGGACCUCAAGGGCUCCUCCGCCGGCCGCGCGAAUGGUCUGCAAGACCACGGUCAGAAGGACAACGACUGGAGGGACGCCGACAAGAAGAUCGCGCUUUCCCCUGAGCAGCGGGACAGGGUGCUAGAGGCCCUGGAAUCAGACAGUGCAAUGCUUGGCGAAGCGAACUUGAUCGACUAUUCCUUGAUCACGGGUCUGCUGGUUUAUGCCCUUGCUCCGUGCAACGGCAAGGGCCAGCCAUCGUGCAUCUCCCCAGUAUGCCAUCCGAAGGCGGGGUGUGGCGAGACCGCCUACAAGCUGGGCGACUUCUAUAAUAUCAUCCCGCGGAUCUUAUGCAGUGGUGGACACCCAAAGCCGCCAGCUCUCGGCAAGUCAUCAUGUACUGCGGCACUAACGGAAGCCCUUGAAGUGCACGUCGCCUGCUUUGGCAUGAUUGAUCUGCUCAAGCCCUACGAUGCCAAGUCCAAGGCAGAGUACGUCGUCACCCUCGGCGUCUUCGGUCGCCAAGUCUCCGUUCAGCCCGCCGAGGAUUAUGCCCAGCGCUUCUUCCACUUCAUGCACGACACGGUCUUCCCGAAGAAAGCCUCAGUCGGCACGGUCGCGCUGCCUUUGGACUCCAACGUUUGUUCAGCAUGGGGAAGCAGAAGCGAAGAGGGUGGUGGUGGCUUCCCCGUCAUCACGGUCACUGUGUUGACGCUUCUCGUUGCGGGUGGAGUGGGCUAUGGGGUUUGGUAUUACAUGAAUCUUGGAAGCAUUCGGCGUAGUACCGGUCACCUUCAAAACUUCCUAGAUAUCUUUCCGUCCCUCCAUAAACCCUGA